UUUAGAGGAUCUGUUGCUGGGAGGGAACAGGCAGGGCAGUCAACACACACAGCCGUGGGCAUUCUUCAGAGGGGGCAGUCCAUGCAGCAGGCUAAUGCUCUGCAGGAGCCGUCUAGCCGCUCGGUGACAUUAAGGAGAAAGCUGAGGCCCACGUCUGGGAGGUGCCUUUCAGCAGCAUGUGGUGGCAUCAGCCAGAACAGGAACGCAGCAGAGAAGAAUUGGAGCAGCACGAAACAAAGGCAAAUACCCAGGACCUUGGAGUCUGGCACCAGGCUCCUGCUCUCUGAGUGCUGCACAGGAAGGACAGCGCCUGGCUCUGUAAGACGGGGAAGAGGCACACCCAAAUCGAAGCAGCUGGCUGCAGGGGGAGGCCAAGAGCCGAAGACCCUGGGGACUCAGGACCGGAGGAAACUGCUGGAGCAAUGGCUGGCUUCCCGAGGAAAACGCUACAAGCACCCACCAAUGACCCUGCCUCCUACAAGGCUGCCAAAGGCGAAGGCGGGCCCAGAGCACUCCUUCUGGGAUUGCAUGGAGGAGGAGGAGGAAUCGCAGCAGCAGCUCAGGCUGGCCAACAGGAUUGCAGGCACCUUGCGGGAGUGCCUGCAGCUUGCAGAAGAGAGGGGUCCUCCAGAAGAGCUCCUGGCCACGCUUUCCCGCAUUCCAGAGGCAGAGAAGUUGUCCCAGUUCUGGGUCUGCAAGGCAAAGCUGCUGGCCCGGCAAGGCCCAGUUGAAGCUGCUGGUGGUCCUGGGGCUGGGCUGCCUGAAGAGUUGGAGGAUGUCACUGUCGAUCCUCUGAAGGGUUCAAGCAAGACAGCCGGCGCCGUCCCUGCUGAAGCCUGUUUUCCCAGUCAGGAGCAGACAGAGACCAGUCACCAAAGCGAUGUGCAAGCCCUGGCUUGCAAGCCUAUCUCUGCAAUCAAGCUGCAAGUUCUCUCACUGCACAGAGCAAAACAGCCAAGUGCAAGGCCAGGCAUGAAGCUCUUGACUCCAGUGCGGCGUUCCCUAUGGAUAGAGCGGGCUGCUGCUUGCUACCCACAGAUGCUAAAGGACCAUGACCCUGUGGUGUCUUCCCUGGAUGAAAUUAUGGCAACAGAUAAUGGUAGCCAGUUUGUCUUUUGUAAAAACGAAGCUUUACCUGAGGAGGUGGGAAUGGAUGGCUUUUUGACUGGGCUGCAUUGACUCAGGUAAAAUUUCAGCUCAGUGACAACAAACGUGCCAACAUCUCUUCUCCUACCCUGGCACUUGGCACUCCCUGUUCCUCUUUCUAUUAGAGCUGUGCAAAUAGACUGGAAAUGUAUACUUAUUGUAUAGAACCUUUUCAGAAUAUAAGCAUCUUUAUUCUUUAAACAAUUCAACUU